AUGAAGGGGAAAGUCGUGAUCUUCAACUACUUGCAUGACCCUUUGCACGAGUCGAAUCCAGUGAGUUCAGGCAUCGACGAUGACAGCCGACGGUGGAACCACCACGCAUUCUCGUUCAUGGUUUCAAACAACUUCCAAUAUCCAGCUGCGAGCGAUCUCCUCGGGGCGUCAGGGUGCACCCGCUACAAUGGUCACCCAGACAGCGCGCUGCUCCUCGUGAACCACUUCAUCACGGCGCCCGCGGCGAGUGCCGCCUGGGCGUCUGCGGUCAAUUACUAUUCGGACUUGAAGGGGCACGCGGAGAAGUGCCAGAACGAAUACAGCAAGGUACCGAAUUUCUUGUUGGUUGACUUUUGGUCCAUAGGCGAUGUCAUCGCGGUCGCACUGCAGCUGAACGAGGACAUCAAUCCCAGCAGCUAUCCCGCGAUACCAGCCUCUUCGUAUAUUACUGGCGACGGCGGUGCCGGGGCCAUUGAGGUGGACAAUGCUGGGAUCACGAGGUACGUGGGAUACGUGCCGGUGAACCUCAACGGAGGUGGAUUUAUUUGCCAGGCCUCCAGCCUGGCCGACGUCUGGCAGCCUGGGCCGACCGCGCUCCUCUCGAGCUGCGGCGCUGUCUGGACCACGGGACCGCAAACUGCUCGGCCUGCGCCGACACCGGCCUGUGCGUCUUCGACACGCAGGCCGCGUUCUGCACCGGCUAGACCCAUUGAGGAGACGGGAAGAAUUCGGCAUCAACGUGUUCCUGCUCCUCGUCCGCCUUAG